CAAUCACUUAGCUCCAUGUCCCGGAUGGAGCGACUGGAUCGAGUGGAAGAGCAGCGGUAACGGCUUUUUGCAUGAGGAUCAACCAUCUUUAAAAGCCCCAGUAGUCAUGACAACAGAAGCAUCCAUUCCUGGCAGUGCCAAAUCUGGUGUGGGUUCCCCAACUCGCAGAGACUUCUUUUGGCUGCGAUCUUUGGUGGCAGGAGGUGUUGCAGGAUGUUGUGCAAAGUCGACAAUCGCGCCCUUGGACAGAGUGAAAAUUUUACUGCAGGCUCACAAUCGGCAUUAUAAACACCUUGGAGUGUUUUCUACUCUGCGUGCUGUACCAAAGAAAGAAGGCUUCCUUGGAUUGUAUAAAGGUAACGGAGCUAUGAUGGUCAGGAUCUUUCCUUAUGGUGCUAUUCAGUUCACUGCAUUCGACCGAUACAGAAAGCUUUUGAUCAGCAAACUUGGCAUAUCUGGGCACAUUCAUCGAUUAAUGGCUGGAUCCAUGGCAGGGAUGACUGCAGUGAUAUGUACCUAUCCACUUGACAUGAUUCGAGCGCGUCUGGCAUUCCAGGUGAAGGGCGAGCACAGGUAUGCUGGAAUCAUUGAUGCUUUCAGGGUCAUUUAUACACAGGAAGGAGGAUUUCGAGGGUUUUACAGAGGUCUGACUCCUACUAUCAUUGGCAUGGCUCCUUAUGCAGGAAUUUCAUUCUUCACCUUUGGCACUUUGAAGAGUAUUGGCCUCAAUCAGGCUCCUGGCAUUCUUGGAAGACCUUCUUCUGACAAUCCUAAUGUUUUGGUUUUAAAAACCCACGUGAACUUGCUAUGUGGUGGAAUAGCGGGAGCAUUUGCUCAAACAGUAUCAUACCCUCUAGAUGUAGCUCGGAGGCGAAUGCAGUUAGGCUCCAUUCUGACAGAAGCUGAUAAAUGUGUCUCGAUGUGUAAAACAUUGAAGUAUGUCUACAAGGUGCACGGGAUACCGAAGGGCCUGUACCGGGGGCUCACGCUCAAUUACAUCCGUUGUAUCCCAUCUCAGGCUGUGGCAUUUACCACCUAUGAGCUCAUGAGACAAGCUCUUCAUCUGAACUAAGGAUGUUUCAGAAUGUUAAUCUGGACUAUCGAAUUCAUUAUUACAGCUCUGGGACUCUUAAUCAUGAGAACAUUUCCACAGUGGGCACAGUUCUGGUCAGAUGUGGACUCAACCAUUAUUUAUUUAAUUCAGUAAUUGAUUGUGAUGAACACUGAAAGUCAGCAUCCGUGUGCUUUGUGUUUUUAGGUAUACACACCUUAUGGCUGUCUCCUGCCACAUGUCUCUUAUUUCACUAGGCCAGAAAAUCAAUUUCAGUUCCUGCACACCAGCUUUGAAGAGAGGAAGAUGAGUUUAAUAUGGGCAGAACAAUUGGACCUAAGUUUGCCAGCAACAUUUUCUGUUACUUUAUGUAUGAAUAUUUUAUCAAUCCGUUCAUCAUGUGUACAGAUAUAACUCUUUGUUGUAAGGUUUAUUUUGCAUCCUUGAUCGAAUAUUUGGUGUAUGUUAAUUUUUAAAAUUGUAAUAAUUGUAAUCUCUGGCAAUUGAUGCUGCAGUAAAUCUUUGUGAAUAUUUGUA